GAAACUCAUCAUUCCCUCCCGAAGGACAUCACAGUGAUGAAUACCUCACCUACUGUAUGUAUAAGUAAGUGUUUGUUUCGAUAUGAUUUACCCGUUACGCCUUCAUUGGUUUCGCUUCUUCGCUCCUCUUCAUCAUCAUGCGCUCCCUUCUUCUCUUCCUUUCUUGGGUGGCCACUGGCCUGGCUGCACCAGCCGUAAAGCGAGCCACUUCAACGAGCCGGACCUCAGCGCCAUCUGGCUGCCUCGUCGUUGGUGGCUCGGGCACGUAUAAUACCGUCCAGUCGGCCGUCAACGCCCUUUCCACAUCCACUACUACUGCGCAGUGCAUCUUUAUCAACCAAGGAACCUACAAGGAGCAGGUUUACAUCCAAGCUCUCAAGUCGGCGCUCACCAUCUACGGCUAUACGACAGACACCUCCAGCUACUCUGCCAACACCGUGACCAUUACUCAGAGCCUCAGCCAAGCCAAUGGCCUAAGCAAUGAUGGCACGGCCACUCUCCGUGCAUGGACUACGAACCUGAAGGUCUACAAUAUCAACCUCGUUAACAGCUACGGCAAGGGCUCGCAAGCACUAGCCGUCAGCGCCAACAACGACAAGCAAGGAUACUAUGGUGUGCAAUUCAAGGGCUACCAGGAUACUGUCCUCGCGCAAACCGGCGCUCAGGUCUACGCGAAAUGCUACAUCGAGGGUGCUACCGACUUUAUCUUCGGCCAGCAAGCUACGGCCUGGUUCGACGGCGUCGAUAUCGCCGUCCUCUCCGCCUCCCUGGGCUACAUCACUGCGAACGGCCGCGACUCGUCCUCCAAUCCGUCCUACUACGUCAUCAACAAGUCCACUGUCAAAGCCGCCUCCGGAAACACGGUCAGCUCAGGCGCAUAUUAUCUCGGCCGCCCGUGGCGCAACUACGCCCGCGUCGUGUUCCAGCAGACUAGCCUGAGUAGCGUGAUAAACAGCGCGGGCUGGCACAUUUGGAACACGGGCGAUGAGAGGACCGAUCAGGUUACCUUUGCCGAGUAUGCCAAUACCGGGACCGGGGCGUCCGGUACGCGGGCUAGCUUUGCGACGAAGCUCUCGAGUGCUGUGAGCAUAUCGACGGUUUUGGGAAGUGGAUAUGCUAGCUGGGUGGAUACUAGCUACCUGUCCUAGUCUCGCGCAUAGU